CAAUCUCUGUGGUAUAGAUAAAUAGAUUGUCAAAAAACUUCACGCAGUCGCACUUCCAAGUUCCAAGCUCUACUUCAGAUACCUACGCUGUGUUCAGAUACCUACUAAGAUGGAAUGUAUUGGAUAUUAAAUACGGCCAUUACAUACACGUUGGUACUCUGUUUUCAAUUAUAUUAUCAUCUACAAUCAGGUCAACGUCGCUAGAGCUCAUGCUUCUAAGGUAUAUAUGGUAGAAAGAUGGAGGCAUUAUCAACUGCCUCCCAAGGGGACAGCAGUGUGAAGAGUGAUGACAGUAGUCCUCCCAACGAAGGCGGGAGGAGCUCUCCACCUCCUAAUUGUGCUAUUUGUCUAGGAACAUGUAAAAACAAAUCAUUUACAGACUCAUGCCUUCAUCAGUUUUGUUUUAAAUGUCUGCUCACUUGGAGUAAAGUUAAAGCGGAGUGCCCCCUGUGUAAGCAAAAUUUCAAAUCAAUUAUUCAUAAUGUACGCUCAAAUCAUCAAUAUGAACAAUAUAUGGUUGAACAGACUCAAGAGGAUAUUGAGAGAAUUGAAAUGGAUAACUUUACAAACGCAACUAGAAGAUUUAGAUACAGGACAACUCUUACUUUGCCCAGACGGGAUACUAUGGCAAUUCAGCAGCUCCUACUUCAGCAUUACCCCUUAGUGGCUGAUGCGCUCCCAACACCACCUCAUCGUCGUAGGCCCUCUUCAUACUUCAGACGCACUGUAUAUAGACAUAAUCUAUGGGCUCGCCCCCUUCCUGACUUCACAGGAAGAUUUAGAGAUUGCAGCCCAGAAUUUUACAGGUACAACGACUCUCAAAUGCACCGUUUGAUGCCUUGGCUAAAUAGGGAACUUCACUAUUUAUUAAAUGAAAAUACUGGACAUAUUGCAUAUGUGAUGAGUCAAAUCGCAGAUUUACUUCCUAGAUAUCACAUUAACUCACCAGAGUUUCGGGAAGGAAUGCAAAGAUAUUUUGGUGAUAGAACAGAACAUUUUCUGCACGAGCUUUAUUGUUUCGCUUCAACACCUUACGAUAUAUCUGGAUAUGACCGAAACGUACAGUACACCACGGACUCUCGUAUAUCCACGAUGGUUAAUGAAAUACUUUCAAGUUCAGAUUCGGAAAGCAGUGUAGAUUCUGAUAUAGUGUUGGUUUCGCGUUCCAUGCCAGCUGAGGCUCCUCCGGGUCCUUCGCGAGUACCGGCCCCCGUCUACCCGCAGAACUUCAUCUCAGAACCCACCGCAGACAACGUUAUAUCUAUCGAAACAUUAUCACAGUCCGACUCCGAUGACGACUCAUCGGAAGUAAUGGUCAUUGGAUACAUAAAACCUCCUCAUGCGCGAACGCCUGAAGUAGUCGAUUUAUUGGGAUCAGAUAGUGAUGUAGUAAUUGAAGAUGAAACACAACCAGAACCACCUCAAACACCUGAAGUACAGGAAAAUAGACCAGCACCACUUGUAAAAUUAACACUAACCCAACAUAAUGCUCAAACUGCCGCUGACUCCGACAGUGAAGGCAGCACAUACACCCCACCGCUGCCUCGUAAGCGGCCGCACCUGUCGACGGACACUUCGCCUUCGUCCUCUAACGUGGAAACCUCACUGAGUUCAUCCACUACAUCUAAAUCGAGAACACACGAGACAUCACCGUCAUCGAGUUCAUCUACACUUUCCUACUACAGCGAUUCCAGUUGUGACUUAUUCAAUCCACGUGAAAAGAAAAAGAAAAAGAAUACGAAAAAGGCGAGUAGUAAUUUAGAAAAACCAAAAAAGAAAUCUAAAAAAACCAAAUCAAAUGCACAUAAAAAUAAGAAAAUCAAAACCAGCAGCGCCACUGAGAAAAAGGUUACAAAUAAUAGUCGUAAGUCUACUUCCGGUAAAGGGGUGAAAUCUUCGAAACGAUCUAAUAGUACUUCUAAUACUCCUCCUAUCUUAGAUCAACCCAGUACAAGCGGUACCCAAAGUAGCAGUAAAAGUAAUAAAAAGCGAAAGAUUGAUAAGAAACAUAGCAGCCGGGAGAGCAAAAGACUGAGAAGCGUGGUUAAUGUUGUAAAUAGGUAUUUGAGAAGUUCUAGUAGUCGAGAAUCGAAUCACACGAGUACCUCAAAGUCUUCUUCAUCUACUAGCUCUUCAAUUCCUGAACGACAUGGAUCUAUUACAGACAAUGUUACCAGUGCAAGUGCAAACUUGUCAGAUUCAUCUGAUUCCGAGUACAACCUGCCAUUGAAUCUAACUGUAAAAAUAUUACAGCCUCAAAAAUAAAAUAUGCUGUGAUUAACUAAUUAAUUAUAAUUGCCAGAAAUUAAUUACUAAGAUUCAGAUAUUACACAUUAUGUGCUUAUUAUUACUUAUACAUAACAUUCGGCAUGGUUAUCUAUUAUAGUAAUGAAGCGAAAAUCUUUGUAGCCCUAAUAUUAUUUCUGUGAAUGCAUGAAUCUGGGCAAAAUUGUUGAGACAUCAUAUAAAUAAAAAUUAUAUUCAGAGAGGAUUUCAAACAGUUCUUGCUUUGCUAUUCAUGAACAGAUUAUUAGCUACCUACUAUCAGUGCAAGAGUAGUUUAAUUUGGUUGAAAUAAAUUCUUAAAAAUUUUAAAAUCAUACAAAAAAAUAUAAUAAAAUAUGUAUAUUUUUCAUAUGUAUUUAUGAUUAUUUGUUUUAUUAAAUAUGAAAUUAAUUAAGGCAUCCAAAUUAGAGGUACAUCGCGAUUUAAAAAAUGCUGAUAUGUGCAUGAUUGGUACAUAAUAUACUGUAAAUAAAUAUAAUAAAAAUAAUUUAGACAUAGCUUUGGAUUUUUGUAAAUGAACAAUGUUUUUAUCCGGUUCUUGGUAAUUUAAUAUUUAUUUCUGGAUUUAAUUUCCAUGUAUAUGUAUGUGAUAUGGAUAAAGAAUUAAAAUUAUGCAUCAUACAAA